AUGUGUUACUACGGCAGCUACUAUGGAGGCCUGGGCUACGGCUAUGGAGGCCUAGGCUAUGGCUAUGGCUGUGGCUGUGGCUGUGGCUAUGGCUGUGGCUAUGGUGGCUAUGGUUAUGGCUGCUGUCGCCCACUGUGUUGUCGAAGAUACUGGUCCUGUGGCUUCUACUGA